UUCCACCAACAUGGCGCUGGAGUGUACAGAAUGAAAGAGGAAAGAAGAAAGGCAGUACGAAAGGAAGGCCGUGUGAUUAAAUUUACCGCAUGGAGAAACGGGAUACGCAGCUGGAGGAGUUUUCGAGAGAUAAUCGGUGUAUCGGCAUAAGGUCAGUGUCUAGUUCAGGAUGGCUGCAUCAGCUUCAUAUGAUCAGCUGCUGAAGCAGGUAGAGGCACUUAAGAUGGAGAAUUCAAAUCUGCGACAGGAAUUAGAGGACAACUCAAGCCAUCUGACGCAGCUAGAGACAGAGGCAUUCAACAUGAAGGAGGUCCUGAAGCAACUGCAGGGUAGCAUUGAAGACGAGGCUCUGGCUCUGGCUUCUGCUGGACAGGUUGAUCUACUGGAACGACUAAAAGAACUGAACUUGGAGUGUGAAAAUUCACCUGCAGUAAAAUUAAAACCAAAGAUGUCACUGCACUCGUAUGGAAGUAGAGAAGGAUCAGUGUCGAGUCGGUCAGGAGAGUGUAGUCCAGUUCCAAUGGGUUCAAUUCCAAGAAGAGGAUUAGUCAAUGGAAGCAGAGAAAGUACUGGCUACUUGGAAGAGCUAGAAAAAGAGAGGUCUUUAUUACUUGCUGAGAUUGAAAAGGAAGAAAAGGAAAAGGAUUGGUACUAUGCACAACUUCAAAAUCUCACCAAGCGGAUUGAUAAUCUCCCUCUCACAGAAAAUUUUUCUCUGCAGACAGACAUGACUAGAAGACAGUUGGAGUAUGAAGCACGGCAAAUUCGAUCUGCCAUGGAAGAACAACUGGGAACCUGCCAGGAUAUGGAGAAGCGAGCUCAGUUCAUCCUGAUGCAGAUGAGAGUAGUCCGAAUUCAGCAAAUAGAGAAGGAUAUGCUUCGUUUGCGACAGCACUUGCAGUCCCAAACAACAGAAACUGAGAAAUCAUCACAAAGUAAACAUGAACAAACAGCGUCACGUGAUGCAGAACGACAGAGUGAUUGUCAGGAAACAACAGAAGCCAGUAUGGGUACAACAGGGAGUGGGCAGGAUUCAGGAUCAAAGGUUGAACAAGAUGCUGCUAAUGUGAUGAGCUGUAGUAAUCCCUACUCAGUUCCCAGAAGAUUGACAAGCCACCUGGGUACCAAGGUAACCGAAGAUUCCAGACUACAGGUGGAAAUGGUAUAUUCGCUGCUGUCAAUGCUUGGUACACACGACAAGGAUGAUAUGUCUCGAACUUUGCUAGCAAUGUCUAGUUCUCAGGACAGCUGUAUAGCUAUGCGUCAGUCUGGGUGUCUUCCGCUGCUGAUACAGCUUUUGCACGGCAAUGAUAAAGACUCUGUGCUGCUUGGCAAUUCACGUGGCAGUAAGGAGGCCCGUGCGCGGGCUAGUGCUGCACUACACAAUAUCAUCCAUUCACAGCCAGAUGACAAGAGAGGAAGACGGGAGACCCGUGUACUUCACUUACUAGAACAAAUCCGUGCUUACUGUGAGACGUGCUGGGAAUGGCAGGAAGCACAUGAGCAAGGCGUGGAUCAGGAUAAAAAUCCAAUGCCAUCGCCGGUGGAGCACCAGAUCUGUCCUGCAGUGUGCGUACUUAUGAAGCUUUCAUUUGAUGAGGAACACAGGCAUGCAAUGAAUGAACUAGGUGGUUUGCAGGCAAUAGCUGAAUUGUUGCAAGUUGAUUGUGAAAUGUAUGGACUCACCGAUGACCAUUACAGUGUCACAUUACGAAGAUAUGCUGGGAUGGCACUUACAAAUUUAACUUUUGGGGAUGUUGCAAAUAAGGCCACACUCUGCUCUAUGAAGGGCUGUAUGAGAGCAAUGGUAGCUCAACUGAAGUCAGAAAGUGAAGACCUACAGCAGGUAAUUGCUAGUGUAUUACGAAAUUUAUCCUGGCGAGCUGAUGUAAACAGCAAAAAGAUCUUGCGUGAAGUUGGAAGUGUGAGUGCAUUAAUGGAAUGUGCACUGGAUGUGAAAAAGGAAUCAACCCUGAAGAGUGUUCUUAGUGCCCUUUGGAAUUUAUCUGCACACUGCACUGAGAAUAAGGCUGACAUCUGUUCUGUGUGUGGUGCUCUUGCAUUUUUGGUCAGCACUUUAACCUACAGAAGUCAAACUAAUACACUUGCCAUUAUUGAAAGUGGAGGUGGGAUCCUACGAAAUGUUUCUAGUCUGAUUGCUACAAAUGAAGAUCACAGAAACAUCCUACGAGAAAAUAAUUGCCUGCAGACAUUGCUACAACACUUAAAAUCGCACAGUUUGACAAUAGUUAGCAAUGCGUGUGGAACUCUUUGGAAUCUCUCGGCUCGAAAUGCAAAAGAUCAGGAAUCUUUGUGGGACAUGGGAGCAGUUAGCAUGCUCAAAAAUCUAAUUCAUUCUAAACACAAAAUGAUUGCAAUGGGAAGUGCUGCAGCUUUAAGGAACCUAAUGGCCAACAGACCUGCUAAAUACAAAGAUGCCAACAUUAUGUCUCCAGGAUCGAGUCUGCCAUCUCUGCAUGUCCGAAAACAAAAAGCUCUGGAAGCAGAGCUGGAUGCUCAACAAUUAUCAGAAACUUUUGAUAAUAUUGAUAAUUUGAGCCCUAAAACAUCCCAUCGCAACAGACAAAGACACAAGCAAGGCAGAUACAGCGAGUAUGUUUUGGACUCUGGGCGGCAUGAUGAUGGGGUAUGCAGAUCAGAGAGUUUCAACACUGGAAAUUUGACCGUGCUGUCACCAUAUAUGACUACUUCUUUGUUAUCUGGUCCUUCGAGAGACAGCAGAAACAGUGUAGAAAGUUCCAGAGGAGAAAAGGACCGAAGCAUAGAAAGAGAUCGAAGAGGAACAGAUACUACCUCCUUUCCUGCUUCAUCUGAUAAUGUGCCAGAUCCUUCUAAAAGAGUAGGGCGACAGAUUCCUACCACUGCAGCUCAAAUAGUGAAGGUGAUGGAAGAGGUAACAAGUAUGCAUUUAUCCUCUGAGGACAGGAAUUCAGCGUCUGCAUCUGACCUACACUGUAUGCCAGAGGACAGGACUGGAAUGAGACGUGCAUCAUCAUCUCAUCCCAAUUCUAACAUUUUUAACUAUGCUAAACCUGAAAACUCCAACAGAACCACUUCCAUGCCUUAUGGGAAAAUGGAGUACAGGAGGUCAUCAAAUGAUAGCUUGAAUAGCGUUAGUAGCAGUGAUGGCUAUGGGAAAAGAGGGCAAAUGAAACCAUCAAUAGAAUCUUACUCAGAAGAUGAUGAAAGCAAAUUCUGCAAUUAUGAAAAAUAUCCAGCUGAUCUUGCCAACAAAAUUCACAAUGCUAAUCAUUUAGAUGACAAUGAUGCAGAAUUAGACACACCAAUUAAUUAUAGUCUUAAAUAUUCAGAUGAACAGUUAAAUUCUGGCCGACAGAGUCCAUCUCAAAAUGAACAGUGGGCACGGCAAAAGCAUACUGUGGAAGAAGAGAUGAAAAGGAAUGAACAUAAACAGGCCAGAACUCAACCUUCUGAAUAUUCCAUCUACUGUGAAAGUACCUGCAGUGGAGAUGAAGCACAUAUUAAAUUCCAACCUCGAUUUGGUCAAGCAGAUUGCUCUUACAGCACCAGGGCACAUAACAAUUCUGAGCAAAUUAGAGUAGAUUCUGAGCACAGAAAGAACCAGAAAGUUAAUCCAUCUCUUUGCCAGGUCGAUGAUUAUGAAGAUGACAAACCAACUAACUAUAGUGAACGGUACUCUGAGGAAGAGCAGCAUGAGGAGGAAGAGGAUAGGCCUACAAAUUAUAGUAUAAAAUUUACAGAGGAAGAACACCAUGUUGAACAGCCAAUUGAUUAUAGUUUGAAGUAUUCCUCAGAAAUCCCCACUUCACAGAAGCAAACUUUUAUGUACUCGAAAGGUCCUUUAAUUCAAGAUGCAACAAAAGACCAUUCAGCAUCAAGUCGUGGAAGCACAUCAAGUCCCAAAAUCACAUCCAGUCAACCAAGGCAACUUCACCCUAGCUCUACACAAACCAGAACAACUCCCACUCCUACAGUACAGAAAUCAGCCACUUGUAAGGCUCCUUCAAUUAACCAAGAAACUAUGCAGACUUAUUGUGUAGAGGAUACUCCAAUUUGCUUUUCAAGAUGUAGUUCACUAUCAUCUCUGUCAUCAGAGGAUGAAAUGGAAGGGCGUGGUCAAGCCAAGCAUGUAUCAGAUGAUGGAACCACCUUGCAGAUUAUUGACCUCAAAGAAAGUCAUGGCCAGUUACCUGCUGAGGCUGCAUUAGGUGAGGGUUCUUCUACUUCACAGCAAACACGAAUGAAACAGAGUAGGCUGCAGGCCACCAAUGUGUCUCAACCUGAUAUUUCUAGGCAGAAAGCUGUUGAGUUUUCUUCAGGUGCCAAAUCGCCAUCCAAGAGUGGAGCACAGACUCCUAAAAGUCCACCAGAGCAUUAUGUGCAGGAAACUCCUUUAGUAUUCAGUCGGUGUAGUUCAGUCAGUUCACUGGGGAGUUUUGAAAGUCAAUCAAUUGCCAGUUCCAUCCAGAGUGAGCCUUGCAGUGAAACGGUCAGUGGAGUUAUAAGUCCAAGUGACCUUCCAGACAGUCCAGGACAGACUAUGCCUCCUAGCAGAAGUAAAACACCACCACCUCAACCUGCUCAACUAAAGAGAGAGGUCCAUAAAAUCAAGGAUCAAACUAACGUUAAAAGCAGAGAGACUGGCCAAAGGCAAGAGGCUGUGAAUGCUGCGGUCCAAAGAGUUCAAGUUCCUCAGGACGGUGAUAGCUUAAUGCAUUUUGCCACAGAAAACACUCCUGAUGGGUUUUCUUGUGCAUCAAGUUUAAGUGCUCUUAGUCUUGAUGAGCCAUUUAUUCAGAAAGAUCUUGAGCUCAGAGUAAUGCCUCCUGUUUAUGAAGAUGAUCAUAAGAGUGAAGAACUUGAUAAAGAGGAAGAUGCUGGUGUAAAUAGUAAAUGUAAAACAGAGAAAGCUACAGAACCUGAGAAAGAUAUUCUGGAAGAUGAUGACGACGACGAUAUUGACAUCUUAGAAGAAUGCAUAAAUUCAGCCAUGCCAACUAAAUCUUCCAGUAAAGCAAAGAAAACUCCUUCUAGUUCAACCUCACGGAUACCACCACCUGUCGCAAGAAAACCUAGUCAGCUGCCUGUAUACAAAUUACUUUCUAAUCAAAGUAGAGUCCAUGCUCAAAAGCAUGUAAGUUUUAAUCACGAUUUAUUUAGGGAAGAUAUGCCCCGUGUCUACUGUGUUGAAGGAACUCCAAUAAACUUUUCAACAGCUACAUCUCUAAGUGAUCUCACAAUUGAGUCACCUCCAAAUGAAUUGGCAAACUCAGAAGGUAUUCGGCCUGCAUCUGAGCCUGCAGUGAUGGAAAAGAGAGAUACCAUCCCAACUGAUGGCAGAAGUAUGGAUGAAGCUGAGGCAGCCAAAGGUCUCAGUACUGCUCAGCAAGGGCAAGAUGAUAAAUUAGAGGAAGGUGAUAUUCUAGCUGAAUGUAUAAAUUCUGCUAUGCCAAAAGGAAAGAGCCAUAAACCCUACAGAAUUAAAAAAAUGAUGAAUCAAAUGCAACAAGCACCAACAUCUGUGAACAAUGCAAAUCAACAAGAGACUGAAAAAAGAAAACCAACAUCUCCAGUGAAACCACUAUCUCAGAAUACUGAAUAUAAAGCACGUUCCUCACAGCGAGCAUCUACAUCAGAUCCUCCAAGUAACUUUUCUGCUGAAGGCUACACAGAACACAGAAAAGAAAUGGAAAAGACUAGUAAAAGGCAGAGCACAAAAAAUUCUGUUGGGGAUUUUCACGAUAAACCAUCAAGUAAUGAUAACCGUGUUCGUGGAGGUUUUCUGUUCGACUCCCCACAUCAUUACACUCCAAUUGAAGGAACUCCAUAUUGUUUUUCACGGAAUGAUUCACUGAGUUCACUUGACUUUGAUGACGAUGAUACUGAUCUCACGAAAGAAAAAGCAGAACUGAAAAAAGAUAAAGGCAAAAAAGACAAAGCUUCUAUUGAUGUAAAAAAUUGUAAUAAUGAACAACAUACUGAUAGAAUACAACCAGGUCAAACCCCCUUGCCAAGUAGAGGACAGUCAAAAGCUGCAUUACAGAGACAAGCUGUUUUCUCUCAAACACCAAAAGUUAGCGGUGACCGAGAAACUGGGACAGAUGAGAAAAUGCAGAAUUUUGCCAUUGAAGAUACUCCUGUCUGCUUUUCUCGAAAUUCAUCCUUAAGUUCUCUCAGUGAUAUUGACCAAGAGAAUAAUAAUAAAAAAUCAACACAGCACACUGAACAGGGAGAGCAUACAAAUAGUCAAGCUGCAGUGAACAGACCUCCAGCCUCAGGCUAUGCACCCAAGUCAUUUCAUGUUGAAGACACACCUGUGUGUUUUUCUAGAAAUAGUUCCCUUAGUUCUCUCAGCAUUGACUCUGAAGAUGAUCUUCUACAGGAAUGCAUAAGUUCAGCUAUGCCAAAAAAGAAAAAACAUCUUGCAAAAGCUAAAGGUAACUGGGAAAAUGCAGGAAGCGAUACUUCUGCAGCAUCAGUAGAAGAGACAGAUGAACCUAUGAAUUUAAGAGAGCAAGUACAAAGUCCUAUUUCAGAACAGGCUUUUUCACCAGAUUCUGAAAGUUUUGACUGGAAAGCCAUUCAAGAGGGUGCUAAUUCUAUAGUGAGCAGCUUGCAUCAGGCUGCUGCUUGCCUGUCAAGGCAGGGUUCUUCUGAUUCAGAUUCCAUUCUGUCGCUUAAAUCUGGUAUUUCUUUAGGAUCACCCUUUCACCUUACACCUGACCAGGAAGAAAAACCAUUUGGUUCCAUUAAAGGCCCUAAAAUUGUGAAACCUGGUGAGAAAAUCACCAAUGACAACAAAAAGAAUGAAGAAGAAAAUGUUAAAGCUGUUAGAGGAGGGAAAAGGGUUUAUAAAAGUUUAAUAACUGGGAAGGCCCGUUCCAAUGUCGAGACUGUUUCCAGUCAGCCAAAGUACGGUCAGCAGGCAAAUAUGCCAAUGAUCUCACGUGGAAGAACCAUGAUUCACAUCCCUGGUGUAAGGAACAGUUCACCUAGCACCAGUCCUAUUCCGAAGAUGCCACCAAAAAAUACAGCUUCUAAAAGCCCAAGCCCAAGUCAAAACACACACAACCCACCAAGAGGCAUUAAAACUCCAAUAAAAUCAGAGUUGAGUCCAGUAAGCAAGCAAUCAGGUGCUCAGGGAGCAGCAAGCAGCAAAGGACCUUCUCGAUCAGGAUCUAGAGAUUCUACUCCAUCGAGACCUUCUCAACAAUCUCUGUCAAGACCAAUGCAAUCUCCUGGUCGCAACUCCAUAUCUCCAGGUAGGAAUGGAAUCAGUCCAUCUAACAAGAUAUCACAACUGCCAAGGACAUCUUCUCCAAGCACUGCCUCAGCCAAACCUACAGGAUCGGGAAGAAUGUCUUACACAUCUUCAGGCAGACCACUGAAUCAGCAGGCAUCCUCAAAGCAAACAGGUUUAGGAAAGGGCACAUCAUCUAUUACAAGAAGUGAAUCAAAUUCUAAGGGGUUAAGCCAGAGUGGCAGUAACACUGUACCAGGUAAAAGAGUGGAACUUUCAAGAAUGUCUUCAACAAAAUCAAGUGGCAGUGAAUCCGACAGAUCCGAAAGGCCUACAUUAAUGCGUCAAUCAACCUUUAUCAAAGAAGCCCCAAGUCCAACGUUGAGGAGAAAAUUAGAAGAAUCUACUUCAUUUGAAUCUUUGUCACCACCUUCUAGGCCUGCAUCACCAACUAGAUCACAAACUCAGACUCCAGUUUUAAGUCCAUCUCAGAAUCUAGAUGUGAUGCCCAGUCAUUUCCCAAAUCAAACCAGCAGUUGGAGAAAAGUACCUCCAAAUCAGAAUCUCACUGCAGAAUAUCUUGAAGGACGGCCAAUGCGGAAACAUGAUAUAGCUCGAUCUCAUUCUGAAAGUCCUUCAAGGCUUCCUGUGAAUCGAUCAGGUACAUGGAAACGGGAACACAGCAAACAUUCUUCAUCCCUUCCUCGUGUUAGCACAUGGCGAAGAACAGGAAGUUCUUCAUCAAUUCUGUCAGCUUCUUCAGAAUCAAGUGAGAAGGCUAAAAGUGAAGAUGAAAGACCACAUCAGAAUUUUGCUCACAGUAAUAAACAAGCUAAGGAAAACCAAGCUCCUUUAAGGGGAACUUGGAGGAAAAUUAAAGAUAAUGAAAUUUCACAAACAACGAACCACCAUCUGAAUUCUUCAGCACCAAAUAAUGUUGAAUCCAAGCAUUUAGUAUACCAGAUGGCACCUCCUGUAUCAAAGACUGAGGAUGUAUGGGUGAGAAUUGAGGAUUGCCCAAUAAACAAUCCUCGGCCUGGAAAAUCUCCAACGGGCAAUGCACCCCCUGUUAUUGAUGAUGUGCCUGAGAAGUUGCUUCUCAGUGACGAAGAAGGCUCGGGUGAUGGACAGAACAAACCAAUGUCAGGACACAGAACUCCUCCUCAUGGUCUAAGAAUGGAAAAAUGUUUAAAUUCAUUUACACAGUUAGAUAGUCCAGAGAAAAAAAUCACAGAAGCAAAAUCUGCUGUGAACAGUUCGGCUACCUCACCAGAAAUUGAGACCACGGUUGUCACCGAACGUACACCUUUUAGUUCAAACAGCUCGAGCAAGCACAACUCACCUAGUGGUACAGUUGCUGCAAGAGUAACUCCUUUCAACUACGUACCCAGCCCUCGUAAAAGUAGCACAGACAACAGCUCCACUCGGCCAUCACAAAUCCCUACACCAGUAAACAACAAUAAACGAAAAGAGAAUUCUAAAUCUGAAACCACUGAGUCCAGUGGAAAUCAAAGUCCUAAGCGUCAUUCUGGAUCAUAUUUAGUGACUUCUGUUUGAAAUAACUGUGAUUGUAGAAAAUUGAUUUAUUAUGUAUAAUUUUGGCCUAACUAGCUGAUAUUUGGAGGUGACUGGUUUUACAUGAAAUAUUGAACAACUUAAAUGCUUUUGUAAAUAUCUUGACUGUUUUUCUCUUUGCAGAGGGUCUCUUAAGGAAGCCAUAUUUGAUAGGAAACAAUAUAGAUGCUGGUGGAAAUUUGGCAGAUGCAUUUGGUUAGGAGGUUUGAGAUUAUUCCUGCAAGUCAUAAAAGCAACACAGUGUACAGUCAGUUUUACUAGUAUUAUGUAUUAAGAGUUCCUGCCAUAACCCUUUUAUGUAAUGCUUGGCUUAUAUAACUUUAAAAUACUUGGAAAUUAUCUAGGUAAGUCCAUUAAAACAUUAUGAAUCAUGUUCAACAUUUUAAUAGCAAAAAAAGGUCAGGGAGUUUUAAAAAUUAGAUAUCUAAUUAUAUACAUGCAAAAAAAGUGAAUGAACUGAGUAUUAAUAUUCCUUGUUAGUAAUUGUGAAGUAUCCUAACCCUCUAAGCAAUCAUGCAGCUGUGAAAUUCACAGCCUUAUGAUUUCUGCUGCAACAACCUUCCCCAGCCUGCUCUUGUGCAUGAUCAGAUUGGAUGGUAUGUUGUUUGAAGCAAUGACUCUAUUCUGUGAUCACAUGAUGUGCAUAGAUAGCUACAGUGUGUUAAUAUACACUGCUGUGUGUGUGCUGCAAAAAAGAGAUUGUCUGUAACCUUACAGCUUUGGACUGGAGUAUUUUCUCCUGAUCUAGAUUUUACCAGAAAAGUAGUUAGAGCCAUUGCUAUGCUGUAACUUGUUGUAUAUUGUUAUUUGAGGUGAGAUGGCUACUCUUUUAUGAAUGGGACAAUUGUUUCAGAAUAACUAAAUGAAAAUUUCAAAAUAAAUUAUUACUGUAUGUAGUUUGUCAGUCAGUUGGAU